GUUUGAGUCGACGGGAGAGUGCAUCCAUGCUGACAUGGGCUGGUCCACUCGUGUCGAUAGGAUGCAAUCGGGCCAGCUACACCCACCCUCGCACCCACUCACUCUGCUCAGCUCAGCUUGAUGACGCGCUUGCCUUUGUCUCCGUCGACCGUCAGACCACGCUACCCAGCCAGAGGCUCGCAUGGAUCUGCAAGACACGCCGCCCAUCACCAAGGCAUACUUGAUUGCUUCCGUCGGUACUUCCAUCGCAGUGCAAUGCAACAUCGUCAAUGCCUUCCAGCUCUUCCACACCUACCGAGCUACGUUCGAGAGCGGACAGCUCUGGCGGCUGCUCACGACGUUUCUCUACUUUGGCAACCUCUCGCUCGACUUUUUCUUCCACAUCUUCUUCUUCAUGAGAUACAGCAAGAUGAUCGAAGAAAACGCGUUUCACGGUCGCAAAGCGGACUACCUCUGGAUGCUCCUCAUCUCAGCCACGCUCCUCCUCAUCCUCUCCCCGCUCUCGCCCUCGCCCUUUCUGAGCUCGCCUCUCAGCUUCACGCUCGUCUAUCUCUGGUCGAGACUCAACCCCAACGUCAGGCUCUCCCUCUUCGGUCUCAUCACCAUCACCGCGCCCUACUUGCCCUACGCGCUCGUCGCCUUUUCCUGGGUGCUCAGUAGCUCCUGGAACGGCGUCGUCGGAGACCUGUUGGGUAUCGCAGUGGGACAUACCUACUUCUUCCUCUCCCAGAUCUGGAGCAAGGAGAGGAGUUCCAACAAGCGCAACUGGCUCGCCACGCCCACUCUACUGACGCGUCUGCUGGAUGGACCCCAGGCCCUCGAGAGGCGAGACGACUAGACAGACGGGCAUCACACGACCAGCGCUCGUCACCGCAGGGACGCAUGGGUAGAUUUUGGAAUGAUGUUGUUGUCAGAUUGAUGUACAUCUUUUGACCAGUCUAGCACGAGUCUGCUGCUCGACUGCUGCAUGAUCGAACGACGACGAUCGUCACCAUCAUCAUAUCCCUCUGCCUCGCCCACGAGCUCGCCCUCUGCUCCUGUCACCUCGUCCUCCUCGACCGCGUCCUCUCGC